GGAGCAGCUGUCGUUGCAGGGGAGGAGCCCCGGCCGCCCGGCGAGGAGGCCGCGGAGCUGGAGCUGCUGAGGCAGUUUGACCUGGCCUGGCAGUAUGGGCCCUGCACAGGGAUCACUCGGCUGCAGCGUUGGCAUCGGGCAGAGCAGAUGGGUUUGGAGCCUCCUUCCGCGGUGCGCCAGGUGCUCAAGACCCACCCGGGAGACCCUCGCUUUCAGUGCAGCCUCUGGCAUCUCUAUCCACUGUGAGGCACCUCCUUGGACCUUCUGACCCUGGCACUCCUGCUAACCACCCGAGAACCUCAGGACAGAAGUGACAGCCCACUGCUACUACUCAGCUCGGCUCUGCUGUGGAGGAACAUUCAGCAGGCUGAAUCUGGAGGUCUCUGUGGCUCAGCUCCUCACCAGCAGGCAACAGGCUCCCAGAGCCCCCUCCGAGAGCCUGUGUAGCUGAAACUGAGCACCUCCUGGAGGGAGAGUCAUCUCUGAGAACACGGACCUGGCCAUGACCCUUCUGAUGCCGGCCGCAUGCCUCCCUGACCUGUGGUGCGGCAAACUUGGCAUAGCCUUGAUCAGGGCCAGAUGCAGGCAGAUGGUCUAAGAGGCCAGGAUGCACUCCCUACCCCAGGCUGGGAAUCUGAGGGCAGGACUGGUGGAGCUCAUAGGGCAAGGGAUUCACAAAUGCUUAUCAAUAAUAAAACAUUGAGUCUAGAA